CCCGCUCCUCCUCCGAUUCGCAUCGCGCCACGGAUCCAAGUGGCCGAUGUCGGUCCUCACGAAGACAGAGCGGCGCCAGAGGGAAGCAUGAUGACCGCAGUGCGCACUCCGCCGCCGCUUCGCUGCCAGCGGCCGCGCACUCCUCACUCGCGCCUGCCCGUGUGAGACGUGAGACGUAACGUCACUGUCGGGACAGAGCUUAAAAUGAGAAAAAACGCCAACAACAUCAAAACUUUUGGCGCCCCGCGCUGAUUGCUUGGCCCUGCGCUGGACCCCCCCUCCAUGGCGCGCGGAUCUGCGCCAGCGGCGGCGCCGCCGGGGGGAGCCCAGCGCGGACCCAAGAAAUCCGCGUGGAGCGCCAAACAUUGAGGAGGAGGAGGAGGAGGAGGAGGGCCACCUUGCAUUGAGGAGGAGGAGGAGGAGGAGGAGGAGGAGGAGGAGGAGGAGGAGGAGGAGGAGGAGGAGCUCCUCCUCCUCCCAGGUUCAUGCCGUUCGCUCUCCUUCGGGAGCAAACGCAGACAGACCCGCGCGCACGGCCGGCCCCUGCCCGGGGCGAGCCGCCGCUCCGCGGCUGGGCCGCGCCGUGGCGCCCGUGCGAGGCCUCUGCUCUACAGUCUGUACACAACGAGGCCUCGCACGGCCUCGGCCGCGCCGCGCGCCCCGGCCCCCCCCAGAGGAAGAAGAAGACUCCACAACGAUACAGGGCAGUUCAUAAGGGGGGGGGGGCUGGCUCUGGACCUCUGCCUGGUGCGACUGUUUGCACCAGCGCGUCCCAUGGGGGAGACCCCAUCUGCCUGAACCAGGCGACAAAAACACGGAAGAUCUACAAUUCAGCCCGACUUCGAUCUACAACAAUGAAGAAGAACGAUCGCUAAUCCAGGACGCCUCGCCACUGCUCGAACUCAGGGCCUGCCGAGCCCGCCGUGCGCCUGCAGCCACCGCGCCAGCCGCGGGGCGCCAGCCUGCGGCGGCCCCGCCCCGCACAAGCAGGAGAUCGGCCGCUGGUCGUAGGGCGCGCCGCAGCCGUAGCAGAAGUCCGCGCCGCAGCGGCAGUGCAUGUGGUCACAGCCGACCUCCUCUGAUGGGCAAGCCCCGGAGCCUGGCAGGCCUCCGCGGCCCACAGCCCGAAGCCGCCGUCGGCGGGCCCCUCGCUGGCGGCGGCCUCCGCCGGCGCCCCCGCGCCGCCCGCACCGGCCGCCGCUCCGGCGGCCGCGGCCCCUCCGAGCCUCGGCUCGCGCGGAUCGCGGAGAGCAUGUCUUGCCAUUCGCGGCGAUCGCGGACGAGGAAGAGGAGGAGGAGCAGGAGGAGGAGGAGGGCGCCAUCGAUGAGGAGGUGUAAGGAAAAAGGGCAGAUGUUGUUGUUUGAAC